CGUAGGAAUAAACAUGGCGACGCUGAGCUCCUCAAAGUCCUCCAGCGGGCUGAGGGCCGAGAGAAAGCAGCAAAAACACAGUUCUCGGUGCGUUGAGACCGGGACGGGGGCGAUGACAGCGACCCGGUUUCUUACGUUGGAGGAGGCCGUGUGUCCGGUGUGUCUAGAGAUUUUUCUAGAGCCUGUUACAAUGCCCUGCAGACACUCUGUGUGUCUGCCUUGUUUUAAACGGACCGUAGAGUUGUCCAGCCUCUGCUGCCCGCUUUGUCGACUCAGGGUGUCCAGCUGGGCCCGGCGACACACUCGGGACCGUACCCUGGUAAACACCGAGCUCUGGGAUUUGGUCCGGCGGAGCCACCCAGAUAGGUGCAAGCGAAGAAUGGAGUCGAAGGAUGUCCAGGCCGUUGAAGACGAAAUAAUAUUCCUUGCUCCUCCUGUUCAUCUUUGUAAACCUGGAGAGCUGCGGCAAGAAUAUGAAAAACAUAUGAAAAAGUUAGUGAAUGAAAAAGAAGAGGGAGACAGAGCUUCGGAGGAGCUGAUUCAAAAAAUCUUGGAGGAUGACAGAAGGUAUCUGGAGAAAAAACGUCAACAGCAAAGAAAAGGGGAAGCCGGGGCUCUGCAGCUCUCUCAGGAGCCUGUGAAUCUGGUGUUAUCAGACUCGGAGAAUGAAGAGCCGGUGGGAGGCAGGACCAGGCACCGUUCUGCAUUUGUUAAGAGGACCAGAAAAUCACCCGAUUCCUGCAGAAGUGGGUUACAUUGCAGUGGAGUGCAGAGGAGCCAAAGCUGCACUGACACACAAGAGGAAAGCAGAGCAAAGAUCAGAUGCCCUUCGCAUGCGGCUCUUAUGGCCAAGGGUGUUGCAGCAUAUAGCUCCAACUCUGGCAUCCUUCUGUCAUCAGAAAACAGCCGUUCAUUUUCUGCACCAAACUUGACUUCUGAUAAAAGGCAGACCUGCCGUUCUCUAUUAGGCACUUCUGCUGCUUCCACAGCACCCCUGUCCAAACCAGAGAGGUCCAUCAGCCCUGAGAGCAAUGACAGCAUCUCUGAGGAGCUGAACCACUUCAAACCCAUUGUUUGCUCGCCGUGCACUCCCCCCAAAAGACUACCAGAUGGGAGAGUGCUGGAGCCCACCAUUGUCAAAUCCACUCCCCUCAAUCUGAGCCGUAGCCUCCAGAAAUCUACUACCUACGAGGCCAGCCCAACAAUCCUGCAGAAGUGGAAGCAGAUUGAGCAGGACAGGCACAAAAAUAAGGCUGCCUCCAAAGGAACCAUUACCGUUUCUCUUAAUGAAGAUUUUGCCCCGAAGGCGAGACUGGGAGGAUUGCAUACACUUCCACCCGGUAAUGAGAACCAGAGGCGAGCGGGUUGCCCAUCUUCGGACGAGACGUUAGCGAAAGCCAGCUUCCCUGCUGCAAUGUCGCAGGCAGGCGGGUUGUCCUCUGAAAAGGGUAUGACCUCGAUUGGCAAGAAAAGAAGGUUGAUAUUUGAUCAGCCAGAAAAGGAAGACUGCAGAGUUGUGACCAGAUCAGAGACAGAACAUGUACCUUUGACUGUUAAUCCGCAGCAAGUGACCUGUGAGACUGUUGCCUGUAAAAACAAGCCAGCGGGACAAGCUGGGCGUCAGAAACCAGAAGACAUAUGUAGACCUACCUCUCAAAGAGGUAUGAAAAGGAGUCAAAAGACAAAGCACUUGGAGGAGGGCGGAAAAGCAAAGAGGCUGAGGCCCUCCAGCCGGGUGGAAAUGGGCUCCGAGUGCGAUUCAAACAGCUUUGACGGACAUUGGUCACAGCGCGAGGAGGACUGUAAACUAGCUUUAAAACUGCAGAGACAGUUUGAUUUAGAGCGGCGAAAUGUUGACCGACGGAAGGGCACCCCUGACAACUAUCUCAUACGUUCGUGGAACAAUUCUGACGUGAAACAGAUUCCACGUCGCUCUGGGAGAAUGGGGAAAAGAAAGUAGCACUUUAACUAAGAAUGGUGAAAGGGUUAGUUGCGCGUUUAUAUUAUUAUUAUUAUUAUUAUUAUUAUUAUUAUUAUUAUUAUUACUACUAUUUUUUACAUUCAGCAAACUCUUACAUUAACUCCUUGCAAAAAAAAUAAAGAAAGAAAUCUGGAAAUUUGAACAAUUGCAAUAUCUUGUUUUCUCAUUCACUGCAACUUAGGUUGGUGUUUGUGAGGAUAUGUAUUGGAAGAGCAGUGUGUUAAGAGAAAACAUACACAGAAGACUCUUGCCUGUAAAACAGUUAUUGGUUUGUGAAAAAUGGUGUUCUAUCUGGAGGAAUCCCAGGCACAACACUAAUUCAAUUAUGUUAAGAUUUUUUUUCUCUACUAAUGAGAUCCAUCGAGGGUAAUUUUGGGCUGAAAUUAAGAUAUAAAAUAGAUUACCUGUAAGUUAUCAUUUUAGGGUCUGAGCUGUUUGCCUGUUUUACUGUUAAGGUUACAGGUACAUGUCAUACAUGAAAUUAAUCUGCACACUAGGCUUCCACAAAAAAAAAAUAUCUGUAUGUGUACAAUGAAACUUCAACAUAGGGAACAUGGAGAUAGAGAUAUAUAUAUAUAUAUAGUACUGUGCAAAAGUUUUAGGCAGGUGUGGAAAAAAUGCUGCAAAGUAAGAAUGCUUUAAAAAAUAGACAUGUUAAUAGAUUAUAUUUAUCAAUUAACUAAAUGCAAAGUGAGUGAACAGAAGAAAAAUCUAAAUCAAAUCCAUAUUUGGUGUGACCACCCUUUGCCUUCAAAACAGCAUCAAUUCUUCUAGGUACACUUGCACAAAGUCAGGGAUUUUGUAGGCAUAUAGUCAGGUGUAUGAUCAAACAAUUAUACCAAACAGGUGCUAAUGAUCAUCAAUUCAAUAUGUAGGUUGAAACACACUCAUUAACUGAAACAGAAACAGCUGUGUAGGAGGAAUAAAACUGGGUGAGGAACAGCCAAACUCAGCAAACAAGGUGAGGUUGCUGAAGACAGUUUACUGUCAAAAGUCAUACACCAUGGGAAGACUGAGCACAGCAAUAAGACACAAGGUAUUUAUACUGCAUCAGCAAGGUCUCUCCCAGGCAGAAAUUUCAAGGCAGACAGGGGUUUCCAGAUGUGCUGUCCAAGCUCUUUUGAAGAAGCACAAAGAAACGGGCAACGUUGAGGACCGUAGACGCAGCGGUUGGCCAAGGAAACUUACUGCAGCAGAUGAAAGACACAUCAUGCUUACUUCCCUUCGUAAUCGGAAGAUGUCCAGCAGUGCCAUCAGCUCAGAAUUGGCAGAAAACAGUGGGACCCUGGUACACCCAUCUACUGUCCGGAGAAGUCUGGUCAGAAGUGGCCUUCAUGAAAGACUUGCGGCCAAAAAGCCAUACCUCCGACGUGGAAACAAGGCCAAGCGACUCAACUAUGCACGAAAACACAGGAACUGGGGUGCAAAAAAAUGGCAGCAGGUGCUCUGGACUGAUGAGUCAAAAUUUGAUAUACAGAAGGCAGUUUGUUCGCUGAAGGGCUGGAGAGCGGUACACAAAUGAGUGUCUGCAGGGAACAGUGAAGCAUGGUGGAGGUUCCUUGCAAGUUUGGGGUUGCAUUUCUGCAAAUGGAGUUGGGGAUUUGGUCAGAAUUAAUGGUCUCCUCAAUGCUGAGAAGUACAGGCAGAUACUUAUCCAUCAUGCAAUACCAUCAGGGAGGCAUCUGAUUGGCCCCAAAUUUAUUCUGCAGCAUGACAACGACCGCAAACAUACAGCGAAAGUCAUUAAGAACUAUCUUCAGCGUAAAGAAGAACAAGGAGUCCUGGAAGUGAUGGCAUGGCCCCCACAGAGCUCGGAUCUCAACAUCAUCGAGUCUGUCUGGGAUUACAUGGAGAGAGAAGCAACUGAGGCUGCCUAAAUCCACAGAAGAACUGUGGUUAGUUCUCCAAGGUGUUUGGGCCAACAUACCUGCCGAGGCUUAAAUGGCCAUCAAAGUGGCGACCAUGGCAACCGAACUCUAACAGCUCUUGUCUCAUGCAUCUGAUCCACAAACACCAAAAACAAAUACAUAUUUAUCAGAAAAUAGGUCAAUUUUCUUAUUUUUUAAAGAUUUUAUUUGAAAGUGUUUGUUUGCUGCAGUGAGGUAGGUCUGUUUUAUAGCGCAGCAGUAACAUUGCAAAAAUCAUUCAAUGCUAUCUCCUAAUGUGGUCAUCUACCGGAAAUACACAAAUAGGACCUCGUUUUAAAGCUCUGAUUCUCCUCUUUCCAACGACGGGCUGUCUCGUACAGUGCCUGAGUAAAAAGAGUUAAAGGACCAGGUCGCUGGUGAGAUACUUAACAUUGGGUGGACCCUAAAGAAUUAACUGACUUGGAUAAAACAAGAGACUUGCCUUCUGUGGCAUAUGUAGUCAUUCAAAGGGAUAUGCUGUUUUCAUAUUCCGGUUUCCAUUUUACGUUGUGGAAAUGCUGUUCUGUUUAAUCACUGCAGGAAGAAAAAUUAUUAGUUUUGUGUUGUGAAAAGAACCAAAUGCACACCUGCCAUUCUUUUUGCAGUAGGCUAAUAUUCCCAAUGCAGAGUAUAAUUUAUAAUGUUUUUUUUCUGUUCUUUACAGAAGACAGCCCUUGUUAAGUUUGUUAGAAAUGUAUUAUUAAUAUACUAUUUUCAGAUUUUUAAAGAUAAGCAUGUUACUGUUUCAUUUUCCAUGGACUAUAAAGACACCUAGUGGCAAUCGCUGCUAUUCCUCGAUGGAAUUGGGAGCAGUAAAAUCUAUACUGGGUAAGAAAGUGUUUGCUUAUUUUUAUAGACUCUGACUGGCAUUGGGUAAGAUUAGAUCUUAUUUGAGACGGAACCCAGCCAGCGGGGUAAUAAUUGAAGACGCAGCUUGCACUUUGUUACUGUGAGGUAAAUUGGGCUUGAAUGAUUUAUGGAAGCCACUUGAAAUGUUCACUGUUGCAAUAGGUUUGCAUAAUCAGCACUUAAUAAAUGACAAGGAGCAUUAUUAAAAAUUACACAAAUGACUAUCUUAUUUAACAGAAUACCUGCUAAGCAUAUAGUGACAUUUGUAAGGUCCCUUUUGGAGCAUUAUAUUAACAGUAUGUUGAUAUCAAACAAACAAAAGAUUAAUGUUUUAAAUUGCUGUGGCAUUUUUAUGUCUUGGAUCUUGUUUUUAACCCGUAGCCUGCACCUAUUUACCCUUUUUGAGGUUGCAUCCUCCUUUGCAUCUGCAAAAAAAAUGCCUUGAUGGGGAAGAAGCCCCACUGGUCCCAGUAAACUCCUCGGGAGCUUUUAAAAGUGGAAGACACAGGCAGUGGCUAACUGUCUUCAGUAUUAAAUUGAACAGACAUGUGCUUGGUAUGUAUACUGCUUAACAAAUAAUGUUGUAUGCAAAGUUCUUGUACUGUUCUUGCUUUCCUGCAGUUACCAAGUUACAAAGAUGAUUAAAACAGUAUUCCAAAGGGCUAUCCGCAAA